UCAAUGGUGAGUUAUAAUCAGAAGGCGGAUCACGGGAUGCCAUGUGUGGAGGCAACGUCAUCCAGGCAAAUACUUAACCCAGCAAAUAGGAUUGGACAGAAAAAAAAAACUGACAAACUUGUUGGUUCAACUUGAUCUCCAAUGCUUCCCCUUCGCUCUACCUACCCUAGAAAAGGAGCUGUCCGUUAAACACCAGUGCUACAACAACUGGCGCAGCCUUCGUGGGACUACGUCCGCGGAGCGCAGGGAAUAAGAUCCGUUUUGGAGUUGAUUUACCUUGCAGCUGAACAGAUUCACCCAGAGACUAUCUUGGAUCGGCGCGGCUGGAUAUUUAUUCUAAAACAUUCGGCGUCUUCAGAGCGACAAGGGACUUAUUUUACCCAGGCUACCAAUAGUAGACGAUCAACGGAAGCAGAGCCAUGGCUUUCAUGGUCAAACACAUGGUGGGAGGUCAGCUGAAGAACCUGACCGGCGGUUUGGGAGAAGAGAAAUCCGAAGGAGAAAAGUCGGAAGCAGGGAAACAGGGAAUGACUCAGGAGGAGUUUGAACAAUACCAACAGCAGUUAGUGGAGGAAAAGAUGGAGCGAGAUGCCAACUUUGCCAUGAAGAAAGCCGAACGUGCCACAGUCAGAACUCACUUCCGGGAAAAAUACAGGCUGCCCAAAAGCGAGCUGGACGAGACCCAGAUCCAGCAGGCAGGCGAUGACGUGGAGCUGCCCAUGGAGCUGGCCAAGAUGAUCGCCGAGGACAACCAGGAGGAGCAGCACAAGCAGUCGGUCAUCGGCCAGCUGGCCAACAUCCAGAAUGUGGACCUGGACCAGCUGAAGGACAAGGCGCAGGCCACGCUGGAGGACCUCAAGCAGUCAGCCGAGAAAUGCGCCCUCAUGUGACCCCACUUUCCAUUACAUUCAAGCUCACUCAUGUUCCCAACGGCACCCCCCCCCCCCCCAC